AUGAGUCGAUCAUCUCUUAAUAGCGUCAGAGAUACCGGCGGGGGGACAUCUUCCAGCUUGAUUGUUGCAGUCGUUGCGGGGCUGGUGUUGCUUCGCGUUUUGGUUGGAUACCACCCUCACUCGGGACAGGACAAUUACCAUGGCUUGCACUCGGCCUAUGGAGGAGACUUUGAGGCCCAGCGGCAUUGGAUGGAGCUCACACUUCAUCUCCCGGUUGGAGAAUGGUACUGGUACGAUCUCAGCUACUGGGGGUUGGACUAUCCUCCGAUAUCAGCUUACGUUUCGUGGAUUUGUGGCUGGCUUUCGCAUCGGCUCGUCGGCCCGGAAUCUGUAGCUUUAGAAACUUCUCGAGGUUUCGAAAAUCCGACGCACAAGGCAUUCAUGCGGUCAACGGUGAUCGUGCUGGAUCUUCUCGUUUACGGGACGGCUGUCUGGUUUUGGACAAUGCAUCGCCAAUACGACCGCAAUCUUCCCGACUCGACGCGAUUGUGGAGAUUUGCUCUCGCCAUGUCGCAACCGGCAAUUCUACUCAUCGACCACGGCCACUUCCAAUACAAUACAACAGCACUGGGACUAUCACUAUGGGCAUUUUAUUUCAUGACGUUGCCAGACUUUUUUUAUUGCAUGAUUGGCUCAUUCAUGUUUUGUGCAGCGCUUUCCUUUAAACAAAUGACGCUCUACUACGCCCCAGCCGUAUUUUUUUACCUGCUUGGACGGUGUUUCACAACCCGCGGUCGUUUCCUGGUACAGCGCUUCUAUCUUUUAGGGAUGACCGUUGUUGCUACGACAUUUGCCUUGUGGUGGCCCUUUGUUGCGUUUGGUCCGGAAGGCACAUCUCACAUCGAAAGAGCUGCGCACGUCUUUCGGCGUAUUAUUCCCUUACAACGGGGUCUGUUUGAAGGCAAAGUGUCCAAUCUGUGGUGUGUCCUCUCGCUCAAGCCAAUCCGGAUCCGCAAACUCAUACCCUCACAGCUGCAGCCGCUUGCGGCCCUACUCCUAACGUUGAUAUUCGCGGCACCUGCCUGCUAUCGACUCUUUCGACUAGGACAGAAGCAACAGCAGGACAAUGAACAGCAUCAGGGGAAACUGAUUCUAUACGGAGCCACUAGUAGCGCUCUCGCAUUCUUCCUCGCAAGCUUUCAAGUGCAUGAAAAGAGUUUGCUUUUGGCUCUGGGCCCCGCUUCUCUGUUGUUUUUUGACGAUGCGACCUUUGUGCAAUGGUUCUCCGUCAUUGCAGCAUGGACACUAUGGCCAUUGUUGGUUGUUGAUCGUCUGCAAGUCGCAUACACCUGUAUUAUGAUUAUUUUCAUUAUGUUACAGCGAUUGCUACACUCGCUACAACAAGGAUCGACAGCAUCUACAUCGGGAUUCUUGGAACAUUUACCACUAUUGCGAUGGGUUCCGCAUUUUUCUGGAUUGGUGAUGCUGCUUUUGCACUUUACGGAAUUGGGUGUGACGAUUCCGCCCCACUUACCGGAUGUCUUCUCUGUAUUGUGGAGUAUCGCUGGUUGCGCGUUUUGUUCGUUGGCAUGGCUCGCUUCUUGUUGGCAUCUCUAUGGCGCAAGUGAACCUAACGUGAAAGGGACCAAGUUUGAUUAG